AUGGAGAAAUUGGAGCAAGUUCUUCUGAGAGUCUAUUUCCAUCUUGACUUAUCUAACCACUCUAGGCAGCCUGUGAAUUUAAAGUCACUAACUACUUUUGAAAAUUAUUGCUGCUCAAAUUCAUUCCUCCUUCUAAUAAAGCAGCAAAUUAUUGUAUCCCAAGGUAUGCAACAUCAUAAAAUAAGCACAUAUAAUCAUAGCUGUGUCUAUAUUCGGAUAAAAAAUCGUUUUUAA